AUCCUAGAAGGGGGUCGGGGGAAGGCUGCCAACUGACUACUAGAGUAACAUGAAAAUGAAAUUAGAGGUGCCUCUGGCAUUAUGUCUUCUCAACUCUUUAGUCCUAUGUGGUGAAAUAUAGUGUUCUACUGGAUUUUGAAUGCUAUGACUAACAUGCCAUCUCAAAUCAAAUUCUUAACAGUUUCUGGUGAUGACUACCAUUCAUAAUACAUAAAAUAGGUAGUAGAGGAAGCUGAGGUUACUGGGGUACAAAGCCGUCCCUAAUUAACACCAUGUCCCUUCCUGGCGGCCCCAGCUCUUUCCCGGGUUUUCGAAGGAGCCAGAGGCCGGGCUGGCACUGGAGUGCUGAGAGAUUCCCACUUGCUGCUGCCCAGGUCCAGUGAUCCGCUUCUGAUAUGUCUAACGGUCCCCUCUGUCCUGGAGCUUUCAGAGGAUCUAAACGUCAAACUUCCCAUUUUAUUUAGGGAUAUUCCAAGUGGCCCAUCAGUCCAGAUGAGCUAGAGGAGAGCCCCUGAAGCGCUUCUUUCAGUGCCCCGCUCUAAGCUCAGGGCAGCUGGGCUCCGAGAGCCUCGGUGGGGUAGGAAGAGGCUCGCGCUGCAGGAAGGCGCUGUGGUCCGCAGGAACCUUUACUUCCGGGCAGCCCCGGAAACCGGAAGAGCGCAGGGCGUGCGGCAAUGGCGGCGGCCGUGGUCCCGGCCCUGAAGCACUGGCGUACUACGCUGGAGCGGGCGGAGAAAUUCGUGUCGCCAGUCUACUCUAGCCACGACUGUAACCUCCGCAGCAGGCUUUACAGGGACAGCUGCCCAGUGGCCGGGCUUUCCAGUUUCUUGACGCCUGAGAGGCUCCCCUACCAGGAGGCAAUCCAGCAGGACUUCUGCCCAGCGCAAGUCGGGGACAGCUUUGGACCCACAUGGUGGACCUGCUGGUUCCGGGUGGAGCUGACCAUCCCAGAGGCAUGGGUGGGUCAGGAAGUUCAUUUUCGCUGGGAAAGUGAUGGAGAGGGCAUGGUGUGGCGUGAUGGGGAACCAGUUCAGGGUUUGACCAAAGAAGGGGAGAAGACCAGCUAUGUCCUGACUGAGAGACUAGGGGAAGGAGACCCCCGGAGCCUGACCCUCUAUGUGGAAGUCGCCUGCAGUGGGCUCCUGGGGGCGGGGAAGGGCACCAUGAUCGCAGCCCCAGACCCAGAGAAGAUGUUCCAGGUGAGCCGGGCUGAGCUGGCCUUGUUCCACCAGGAUGUCCACAAGCUCCUGGUGGAUCUGGAGCUGUUGCUGGGCAUGGCCAAGGGCCUCGGGGAAGACAACCAGCGCAGCUUCCAGGCCCUAUACACAGCCAACCAGAUUGUGAAUGUUUGUGACCCUGCCCAGCCCGAAACCUUCCUGAUGGCCCAGGAUCUGGCCUCCAAGUUCUUUGGCCAACGUGGAGGUGAAAGCCAACAUACUAUCCAUGCCAUGGGGCACUGCCACAUUGAUACAGCCUGGCUUUGGCCCUUCAAAGAGACAGUGCGGAAAUGUGCCCGGAGCUGGGUAACAGCUGUGCAGCUCAUGGAACGGAACCCCGAGUUCAUCUUUGUCUGCUCCCAGGCGCAGCAGCUGGAGUGGGUAAAGAACCAGUACCCUGGCCUGUAUUCCCGGCUCCAGGAGUUUGCCUGCCGUGGGCAGUUUGUGCCCGUGGGGGGCACCUGGGUGGAAAUGGAUGGGAACCUCCCCAGUGGAGAGGCCAUGGUGAGGCAGUUUCUACAGGGCCAGAACUUCUUCCUGCAGGAGUUUGGGAAGAUGUGCUCAGAGUUCUGGCUACCAGACUCGUUUGGCUACUCAGCACAGCUUCCCCAGAUUAUGUGCAACUGUGGCAUCAGGCACUUCCUGACCCAAAAACUGAGCUGGAACUUGGUGAACUCAUUUCCGCACCAUACUUUUUUCUGGGAAGGUCUAGAUGGCUCCUGUGUGCUGGCCCACUUCCCACCUGGUGACUCAUAUGGUAUGGAAGGCAGUGUGGAGGAGGUGCUAAAGACUGUGGCCAAAAACCGGGACAAAGGGCGGACCAACCACAGUGCCUUCCUCUUCGGCUUUGGGGAUGGGGGCGGUGGUCCCACCCAGACCAUGGUGGACCGCUUGAAGCGGCUGUGCAAUACAGAUGGGCUGCCCAGGCCGACGCUCCAACUGCUGAGCCAAACCGGCCAGGGCAGGAGGCUUGUUCUUUACGGAGCUGAGAGAAGUGCAAGAGUCAGAUCAAGAAGGGGAAUCGGGAGUGUGAGCGCAUCUUGCAUGACGUGGAGCUGCUCAGCAGUCUGGCCCUGGUCCGAAGUGCCCAGUUUCUAUACCCAGCAGCCCAGCUGCAGGACCUCUGGAGGUCAGCCUGGCUCUGCCCCCUGUCACCCACCUGACUUCACCCGACACCUCUGUGGCUGCCCCUCCCAGCCUUCAUUCUUUCCACCCUUCUGGCCUUCCCCAUCCCUGGCCCUUGGUCCCUGUAGGCUCCUGCUCCUGAAUCAGUUCCAUGAUGUGGUGACUGGAAGCUGCAUUCAGCUGGUGGCAGAGGAAGCCAUGUGCCACUAUGAAGACAUUCGUUCCCAUGGCAACACACUACUCAACACUGCAGCUGCAGCCCUGUGUGCUGGGGAGCCAGGUCCUGAGGGCCUUCUCAUUGUCAACACACUUCCUUGGAAGCGCACUGAAGUGUUGGCCCUGCCCAGGCCUGGCGGGACCCACAGCCUAGCCCUGGUGACAGUGCCCAGCAUGGGUUAUGCUCCUGCUCCUGCCCUAACCUCACUGCAGCUCCUGCUUCCCCAGCAGCCUGUGUUUGUUGUGCGAGAGACUGAUGGUUCUGUGACUCUGGACAACGGUAUCAUCCGGGUGAAGCUUGACCCGACAGGCCGCCUGACAUCCCUGGUGCUGGUGGCCUCUGACAGGGAGGCUAUUGCUGAGGGUGCUGUAGGAAACCAGUUUGUGCUGUUUGAUGAUGUCCCCCUGUACUGGGACGCGUGGGACGUCAUGGAUUACCAUCUGGAGACAAGGAAGCCAGUGCUGGGCCAGGCAGGGACCCUGGCAGUAGGCACUGAGGGCGGUGUGCGGGGCAGCGCUUGGUUCCUGCUGCAGAUCAGCCCCAACAGUCGGCUCAGCCAGGAGGUUGUACUGGACGUCGGCUGCCCCUAUGUCCGAUUCCAUACUGAGGUACACUGGCACGAAGACCACAAGUUCCUGAAGGUGGAGUUCCCUGCCCGUGUUCGGAGCCCUCAGGCUACCUAUGAGGUUCAGUUCGGGCACCUGCAGCGGCCUACCCAUCAAAACACCUCUUGGGACUGGGCUCGAUUUGAGGUAUGGGCCCACCGCUGGAUGGACCUGUCGGAGCACGGCUUUGGGCUGGCCCUGCUCAAUGACUGCAAGUACGGGGCAUCGGUUCGGGGCAGCGUCCUCAGUCUCUCACUCUUGCGGGCACCUAAGGCCCCCGAUGCCACUGCUGACAUGGGGCGCCACGAGUUUACAUAUGCGUUGAUGCCACACAAAGGUGAGUGCUACCUUGCCCCUUCUCUUCAAACCUCGGUUUUUCCAAGUCAGUGGGGAAAACUGCUGCCCUAUGCCCCUAUCUCCUUUUGCACCACUCGCCCCUUUCCGGCCUCUGCCCAGGCUCUUUCCAGGACGCCGGUGUUAUCCAAGCAGCCUACAGCCUCAAUUUCCCACUGUUGGUUCUGCCCACCCCAGGCCAGGUGCCCAUGGCUACCUGGAGUGCCUUCUCUGUGUCCUCCCCAGCUGUGGUGCUGGAGACCGUCAAGCAGGCAAGGAGUGGGGUGGCGUGGGUCUGGGUGGGGUCCGCCCUUGGCCCUGCCCACCGCCCACUUCCCUCUUCAGGCGGAGAGCACCCCCCAGGGCCGCACACUGGUGCUCAGGCUGUACGAGGCCCAUGGCAGCCACGUAGACUGUUGGCUGCGCACGUCACUUCCAGUUCAGGAGGCUGUCCUCUGUGACCUCCUAGAGCGUCGAGACCCUGCUGGCCAUCUGCCCUUUAGGGACGCCCGCCUGAAGCUCACCUUUUCUCCCUUCCAAGUGCAGUCUCUGUUGGUCGUGCUGCAAGCCCCACUGAAUUGAGAUCUUGAGUAUGGGGAUUGUUUGGGGAAGGCCUUGGGGGCUACCUUCCUGGCCCAAAGCAAGGAUGAGUCACCUCUUGAACAAUAAAAUCUUGGU